AUGGCUGCCAGCAUCGUAGGCAGCGAGCCACCAUCCCAGACAUCUACGCCGAAGCCCGUACAACCACGUCCGAGUGCUCGUCGUAACAAUCGGACAUCCCUCUACCACCCGCCCGCUUCUGCGCAAGGCAACGGCGCGCCGGAAGUCUAUUGGUCCGAAGGCGCGACGCCGUCUGGCUACAGCCGCGGUGAUGAGGGAGAAAGCUACACGUUCUAUCGCGAACCAACACCAGAGCCUCAAGAGAAACGACGAACGGGUGUUGGCAUCGACACGCCCAGCGACGAUGAAGCAGGCUUCGGUCGCUGGGCGGGGAAGGCGAGGUUGAACCGGCGAAUGUGCGGGGUGAGGGCGUGGGUUUUCUGGGGCAUCGUCGCCUUGGUGCUCAUCGUCUUGACCGGCGUAGGCGUCGGUGUAGGCGUGGGCAUGUCGUCGGGCGGCACCAGUGCUGCUGCUGCUGCGUCCGAGGCUGAACCUUCGAGCCCGUUGUCUGCAUCACCGACGACGUCUGCCACAACGGAAUUGGGAACAAUGACGAUAGAGAGGUGCGUACAUGCCUACGGCCAACCUGACACAAGAGCACUGCUGACUACUCUCCAGCUCGCCGUCGGCAAGCACGGCGUCCGCGACGCCGGACCCAACAACAGCGUCAGCAUCGAGCGACGCGGCGUUUCCCACGGCCACGAGUCCCGGUUCCCUCAUAUGUCCCGAGUCCAAUUACACCCUCUACGGCGUCCCAGGCUCCAGCAUACGUUUCCUACGGCUUUGUGGCGUCGAUUACCCAUCACAGCAGGGCGCCGUAGAUAUUCGUACUCUGUGGACAGAAAGCAUGGCCGAAUGCAUGCGGAACUGCGCCGGCACCCCAGGAUGCACCGGCAGCGGUUGGGGCCCCGCCGAAGGGGCCUGUUGGUUGAAGAAAGACUUGACAACAGGGAGUCGCAGUGA